GUGAACAGUCUGCAAGAAGAGAUCAUUGAUACAGAUGACAGUGUAGCCGACCAACGCUGCAUGGGUGCCUGCCGUGCCUUUUCAUAGCGUGUGCUUAACCAGCCGACGUAAGCGUUAUGUAACAUUGAUUCUGCCACAAUACAGAUGUCUGCGGACGGUGUAUUGGCACUCGGGGAAGAGAUAGCACUACGUUCACUUUGGAAUUUUCGAAGUUACUGGUAAACUUACCAAAACACGACCGCUUUGAGUAAUUGUGUAUAGAAUGAAGGAGAGUGAGCCGUAGUGUAUCUGUAAUCGUGGUUCAAGAUCUCCAUUUGAUCAGAAACUGUGGGGAAUACCCCAUGCCAUCAGUUUGCUCAGUGAUCCAUAUCUUCGGUGUGACUUAUAUUGUUUGCAUUCUGGAACACGAUUGCAUUAUAGCACGUUAAUCUAUUGGAGUAGAUGCGCUGCGUGUAUUCCUGCAUCGUGUUCUUACGGUAACUUCUGAGUUUGCGAAACGCUGCAUCCGUCCAAAUUGUCACCAUGGUUACCAUGUGCAGAGGAAUGCAUCAUUUGUCCAUGGAUUUGAGGCAUUGCUUACUCACGUCUCUAACUCUUCCCGCACAGUAAUAUUAUAUACUGCUGCGCCACGAUGUACCAGCUUUGGAAAAUAUUAUGGCUUCGUGAUAAAAAUGUGCAGGAACAAUGAGGUGCUGUCGCCGACGUAUCACCCGGGAGUGUUUAGCAGCGGCAAGUGGAGCUGCUGCGACAAGAUCGCGAGAUACGACGCCGGCUGCGAAACCUCGACGAUACUGUCAAGCAAAGCCUCGCCAGACAUGACCAACGGACGAAAGGAGUCAGCGAUGGAGAAGAGCCUACUUGGCAUUCCGCCGAUACCGCGGACCAAACCCCCGGAGCAGCCAUCUUCUUCAACUUCAAAGAAAUCUGUGAUAGCACUGUACAACUUUAAGCCCAUAGAAGGAGGUGAUCUGGCUUUGGAAAAGGGUGAGGAAUAUGAGAUAUUAGACUACUCGAGGGAUCACUGGUGGCAAGCGAAGAACAAAUAUGGACAUGUUGGAUUUAUCCCAAGCAACUACGUCGAAGGAAAAACAGCAUCUGGUCUAGAACAGUACGAGUGGUAUGAGAGAGACAUGACCAGGCAGAGGGCAGAGGAGCUACUACGAGCCGACGGAAAGGAGGGCUGCUUUGCCGUGAGAAAUUCUUCGACACCAGGCCUCUACACACUGUCCGUGUUUUCCAGGAGUCCGAAUCUGCUAGUGAGGCAUUAUCAUAUCAAAAAGCAGCCGAAUGGACAGUAUUACUUGUCGGAAAAACACCUGUUCUCAACGAUUCCUGAGCUCAUCCAAUAUCACAAGCACAACUGUGGUGGUUUGGUUACGCGGUUGCGCAACCCUCCUAGUGGAAAUCUAAGAGUAGCGCCAACAACUGCUGGUCUAAGUCAUGACAAGUGGGAAAUCGACCCCAGUGAACUCACAUUGCUGGACGAAUUAGGCAGUGGCCAGUUUGGGGUAGUGCGGCGGGGCUUGUUCCGAGGCAGCAUCGAGGUCGCAAUCAAGAUGAUGAAGGAGAACACGAUGAGUGAAGACGACUUUAUCGAGGAAGCCAAAGUGAUGACGCAACUCCAACACCCUAACCUGGUGCAGCUGUAUGGAGUAUCCAGCAAGCAACGGCCCAUCAUGAUCGUAACAGAAUUCAUGAAGCAUGGUGCUCUGCUGACAUACCUGCGUAAGAACGAGUCACGCAUCGUCAGCCAGGUGGCGCUGCUGCUCGACAUGUGCGUGCAGGUGUGCAGCGCGAUGGCGUACCUCGAGAUGAACAGCUUCAUUCAUCGAGAUCUCGCCGCAAGAAACUGCCUCGUCGGCAAUGACAAUGCGAUCAAGGUCGCGGAUUUCGGGCUCGCGAGGUAUGUCUUGGAUGACGAGUACACAAGUUCGGGUGGUACGAAAUUUCCCAUCAAAUGGGCACCACCGGAGGUUUUAGGUUACGCAAGGUUCAGCAGCAAAUCAGAUGUUUGGGCGUUUGGUAUCCUGAUGUGGGAGGUAUUCACGGGAGGCAAGAUGCCGUACGGUCGCAACACGACCAAUACGCAGACGGUGGAGCUGGUGCAGCGUGGCUUCCGUCUCGAGAAGCCUGGAUUCUGCCCUCCCGAGGUUUACAAGUUCAUGCGCAACUGCUGGGAACAGACUCCGGAGCAGAGGCCGUCAUUUGCAAAGCUUAAAACACUGCUAGAGAGACUGCAAGAGGACAGAGAUUAUCACUGAGGUGCAGCAAAGUACGCGGAAAAAUACCGAGUAUCUCGGUCCUCAUCGACAAUAAACUGUCAAUAUUGCUAAUUACCGCGUAAUAUUGUACCUGUCAAUAUUGUAAAUGUACCGCUUGCAUUAAACCAAGCUAAACAGGUGUCAAUGUCAGGCAGCUCAAACCUAACACACAGUUAGGUGUUAUCAGUGCUGUCACUGUAAACGUGAACACUAUGUGUGGUUCAUUGAAGACCAAUGUAUAGUGCUGCGAUAGGUGUGGCGUAUGCAGAGACGUGACAUUUUGGCAUAUUAGCACCCAGUAUGGUCAGCACACUGGGUAUAUAUAUACACAUGCACACGCACGUGUAUACUGUAGGUCCGAUAUAACGUGGAAUCACUGAUAACCUAAUCAAAGGCUAUACCUCAAUUAACUAGGAAUUGGUUAACACCCAUUUUUCUUUCUUUUUUCUUAAAAUAUCUAUAAAUAUCUGUCUAUUGGGGUAGGUCUUGCCCAGUCUGAUACACUGAAAGUGCACUAUUUUGCUCAGUCAGCCUAUUUAUAAAAAGUGUAAACUCGACAUAAAGCGGACUCAAACGGUCUGAGGUUUUGGAUUUCAAUCUGCCGCAUUAUAUCAGAUCUGCUCUGUAUAUAUAUAUAUAUAUAUAUA